AUGGCCGACUCCGUUGAUCGCGUAUUCGUCCAUGCGCUCAACACGGUCAAGAAGAUCCCCAAAACCGGGGCCGCUCGGCCACCGUCGGCGGACCGGAUGCGGCUGUAUGGGCUCUACAAACAAGCCAUGGAAGGAGAUGUCGAUGGCGUCAUGGAACGGCCAAACAGCCACUCCGGCUUGACGGCCGACGAGCUGCGACGAGAACAGGACAAGUGGGACGCCUGGAACGCAGAACGUGGGCUCAGCCGAACCGAGGCCAAGCGACGCUACAUCGAGACGCUCAUAGAGACAAUGCAUACUUAUGCAACAACACCAACGGCGGCUGAGCUUGUUGCCGAGCUCGAGUUCGUCUGGAACCAGAUCAAGGACAACCACACGCCCAGCUCGGCCGGCUCCUAUCGGAAAGACACGCUGUACGGAGCGCCCGGCGACAGCGCCCGUCGCCGUGCAAGCACGGCACAAUCUCAAGGACGGGCCAGUGGCGGCUACGGUGGCUAUUUCGACGGUGGUGGCAACAUGACGGUGGACACUCUGGACGGCCCGCUGAGAGUGCUGAGCCCGAUGAGCGAAGAAGACGAGGUCGAGCGUGAGGACCGCAUCAGGCUCAUUGAAGAAGAGCUGGAGGUGGCCGAGGGGGGUGGUGUCGUCGGUGCUGAGGCUUCUGGCCAGCCGUUCGGCCGCGGAGACAAGUGGUUCCGAAAGAUGGAGAGAGCCAUGGUGAAGCUGGCUACCGAGGUAGCAGCGCUCCGCGAAAACAUAACGGCCGGACGAGAGUUCCGUUCGCGUCGAGAGAAGGCCCCGCUGGCGUGGUUUGGGUGGGCUUUUUGGGUGCUGUGCAAGCACCUGGCCGCAGACGUGUGUCUUCUCAUCUUUGUCUUGCUGUGGUUCAGACGGCGGAAGGACCGGAGGGUGGAAGACCAUGUCCGAGGUGUUCUUGCGGUUUUGCGCGAAUACGCGAGAAAGUUCUUGCCGUCCAGAUGA